AUGGCAACAAAUCAAAAUAAUAGUCCACUAAACAAUAAAAAUCCCGAACCUCUCAUAUUAUCUUACCUGGUUCAUAAAGGAUAUAAACAAACUGAGGCAAUGUUCAGACAAGAAUCUAUAAGAAACCAUUCAAUGGAUCAAAAUAAUAUAGAAAUUCCAACACCUAAUUUUUUUAAUUAUUCUAAUUAUUCUGCUUAUUCUAAUAUCAACCCAGAUAUAUACAAACAAAGUUAUUCUGGUCUAAAAGCUUGGAUUGAGCAGUCAUUGGAUAAGUUUAAGGACGAACUACAAAGGGUUCUUUGGCCAAUAUUUGUAAAUUCUUAUCUUGAACUUGUAUUAAAAGGAUUUCCUGAUCAAGCGACAGAUUUCUUCAAUGCUUAUCAAUCGGACCACGUAAUUCACGUCAAAGAGCUCAAUACAAUGCGAGUGAUAACACAACCGUAUCAUGUACAUGAGAAUGAAUUUGCUCAAAAUUUUCGUUCAAGGAAAUAUUUAGUAAAGAUGUGUAAAACAUCGUAUGAAAUAUUUCUCGAUUUUUUGCAAGUAGAUAAUAAUAGUAGCUUCUUGUUAAGGCUCGUAAAUCAAUAUCUAAAUAUUGAAGUGAAAGCCGGAGGAUUCGGAGUAUCUCAUACUGAUAUUGGAGCCCCUAUUUAUUCCUCAUAUGAACUUGAUGAAUACAAUAAACAAGAAGUUCAAUUGGGGUAUAUGCAAAUGGAUCCAGAGCUGCGUGAAGAGUUAGAAAGAGAAUUAAGAGAGCAAGAUGGAAUCCGUCAAAGGCAAAUCGAGGAAGCAAAUCAG